AUGGCAUGCUCUUCAACCAAGAAAGCCGGCACUGGUGGCUGCGCCAAUUGCUCCUGUGCCGCCACUGGCCCCUCUACUUCCAACGGCGCUUCCGUCAAGCUUCCUUCCAAGAUGGCCAAGUCCGAGUCCACUCCUCUCCUCUGGGCGACCAGCACCGCCGACGCUGUCAGCUACUCUUCUACUACACAAGAAUCUCGCUCGCGCGCUGCCUCAUCCUCCGCUUCCACCCUCAGCGCUACUCACGAAUGUCCCUCAUCUGGCCUCCAGCAACACGACCCCAACUUUGUUUGUUGCCGAGAAGUUGUUGGUACAGACGAGCGCACUCUCAUCGAUCCGGACUUUGCUCGCGACUGCAUCGUUGGUCUCAGCGACGGUUUGACCGUUCCGUUUGCGCUUACCGCAGGAUUGUCUUCGACUGGAUCGACCAAGCUGGUCGUGUUGGCUGGUUUGGCCGAGUUGGUGUCGGGUGCUAUCUCGAUGGGCAUUGGUGGUUUCUUGUCGGCUCAGGCCGAGAUGAGCCAUUUCGCUUUCAACCAGAGAUGCACCGAGCAGAGGAUAGAACGAUCGUGCGGCAGUGAGGUGCAGCGUCAGGUACAUGAUAUCUUAAAGGACUACGGUAUUGCCCCCGAGACUUCAGCUCAGAUUGCUGCCGAGCUCACAGCCAAGGAGCAGGCGCGUAAGGAAGCUCAACAGCUCGCACUGGCUCAGCAGAAACGUGCUGCCUCUUCUUCGCGUAGGAGCAUCUUUGGUUGCAUACCAGUUCCUUCCUCCUUGUCUUCGGUCUCAUCAGUGCCAGCACACAAGCGCACCUCAAGCGACGAAGAAUCGCAGCUCCUCAACAACGAUGACACAGAAGACCUCGAACAGGCUGGUCUUACUCCAUUCCUCCUCAAGCUUGGCGAAGGUUUGGAGCCGGUCAGCACCUCGCGUCUGUACAUCUCAGCGUUGACCAUCGGUCUCAGCUACUUCAUCGGCGGCAUCAUUCCUCUGCUUCCCUACAUGUUUUUGGAACAGGCAAGCAAGGCCUUGCUCUUCUCAGUGGUGAUUACUGGUGUGAUUCUCUUGAUCUUUGGUGUGGUCAAGCAGAGGGUUACUGGCGGAGAAGGUGGCUUCAAGGGUUAUGCGUACGGUGCGGUUUCGACGUUGGCAGUGGGAGGUGUGGCUGCAGGAGCUUCUUGGUUGAUUGUUGGGUUGUUGGAGGGUGGGGGAGAUGGACACCUCUAG